UUUCCGUCGGAACGGAAAUUUUUGUAUAACGCAUACUUCGUCGGAGGUUCAAAUUACAUUCGAGGUAUCCUUCAUCGGAAAAUAAUACUAAACAAUACAACGACGCAUUGAUUUGAUGUGCGUCAGAUUAAAGAUUCUCAUAGAGAUCGACAAAAUAUCGAAAAGUCGAUAUCGUUUCCGAUAUUUGUAUUUAUGAAAACCAAAAGUACUUAAACUUAUGAUAUCCUGUUAUUGAGGGAUACAUUUCCUAGUAUAUGACAUGGAAGUGUAUCAAUGUGCCGGAGAAUUAUACGUUGGAGCUAAUUAAAAAAAAAAUUGCACCGGCAUUUACAUUUGAAAAAAAUAUCGAAUCGGUAAAUAUCGAUAUACUUUUGAAAUCGCCAACUCUAUUUUAAAUCAGAACAGAUGUUUAAUGUUGUCAAAAAGUGUAAACAAAAUUUCAUCUUAUCAAACAAAUACAAAUAUGGAUAGUGUCGCUUUAUUUUUGGAAGCUGAAUCUAGGGAAUUAAGGGCACAGAAUCAGGAAAAAAGGAGGAUAUUAAGGAACAAUAGUAAAAUAAAAGAUCUAUCUAAUGCAGCAUUUAAAAAAAACUAUCGCCUCAAUAAGCCUGCAUACGAGUAUGUCUUUGAACAAAUUAAAGAUAAAUUUAAAGAUGAUCAUCGCUCUGAUGCUGUGAAUCCAGAACAUAAGCUAGCAGCAUGCUUAAGGUUCUUCGCUGAGGGAAACUACCAACAUGGAGUAGGGAAAGAUUUCCAAUCUGCUAUUGGCCAAACAACUUUUUCGAGUAUCCUCAAGGAAACACUGGAUAUAAUGGAACAUACUUUAUGCAAGAACUGGAUAUCGUUAAAGAUGUCCGAAGAAGAAAUCCAGCGGUCCAAAACGGAUUUUUUUGAAAGGACAGGCUUCCCGGGAGUCAUUGGCUGUGUGGAUGGCACUCAUGUUCAAAUAGUUGCCCCCAUAGAAAAUAAGCAUCUGUUUCUAAACCGCAAGGGACAUUUCAGCCUCAACGUUAUGAUUAUUUGCGACUUUAAAAUGAAGAUAAGAGCUGUAAAUGCUAAUUAUCAAGGAGCCAAUCACGACUCUCACGUCUGGGCUUUGAGUCCAGAACGUCGUUUUUUUGAACGAAGCUUCUUAAGUGGUACAAGAGGAAGUUGGUUGCUAGGUGAUUCGGGCUAUGCAUUAGAACCGUGGCUAAUGACACCGUACCGAACCCCCAGAACACAUAGCGUUGAAAGCUGCUUCAAUAAAUCUCAUAAAAGUGCAAGAAAUAUAGUUGAACGAACUAUAGGCUUAUUAAAAAACAGGUUCCGGUGCUUAUUAGGUGCUCGACAACUGCACUACGACCCAUUAAAAGCCGCACAAAUUGUUAAUGUGUGCUGCUGCUUACACAACAUAUGUCUGUACUUCGAUAGUGAUUACGGUAACAUAGAAAUUAUGGAUGGUAUAGAAGCAGAAGGGGAUCAGGCACCCAACCAAGGUCCACCAACCUGCCUUCGCAACCAGGCAGCUGUAAUUAGAAAUGAAAUUGCUACACAAUUCUUUCAAUAAAUUUAUUACAAACAUAAAAAAAAACAAAACUUAA